ACCCUUCCUCCCCGUCUCUCUUUCGCUUUCGUCUUCGUCUUUCGUCUUCGCUUUCGUUCUCUUAUCUUAGUCGAGUAGAUUCUCGACUAUUUUUUCUACUCGGGAUCACCCUCUUUGAUAGAGACGCACCUUUGCAACCCCUCUGGGAGGAAGUUCAGCGCCCCGUCCGACAGUCACCUCAACGGUUCAACGACUUUCAUUUUUGUUUAUCCAAGCUUCGACUUUCUACCGCAACGAUGGUUUUCUUCCAAUCUUUGAUCGGUCUUGCCGUCGCAAGCCUCGCUGUCGCCGCACCCAUGCCUGACAGCGCAAUCGGUGGGGAAGUUGCUGUGUCUGCACCGAACGGUAUUCCCCUGUCGGAUACCGCUGAGUUAGCUUCGCAAACUGCAGCCUAUAAGCAGGCAUAUGCUUCCCAGAGCGCGACCUCCAGUGCUAUGGAAUCCAUGAUGACCGAGUCGUCCUCGAAUAGCUACGGCUCUGGCAGCAGCGGAUACGGUAGCAGCGGCUAUGGUAGCAGUGGCUACGGCGGCAGCGGCUACGGCAGCAGCGACAGCAGCUACGGCAGCAACAGCGGCUAUGGCAGCAGCGACAGCGGCUAUGGCAGCAACAACUACCAGAGCAGCUCUGCGAUGGCCACUUCCUCCUCCAUGUACGAGUCGAAGAUGAUGGCUACGUCGACGAUGAUGGAAACAUCUGCCAUGGCGACUUCCACCGCCAUGGCCUACUCCACUGCGUCAUACGGUUCCGGGAGCAGCAGCUGGGGUGGAUCAGGCUACCAGGACUGCGUUAACCAGUGCAUUGCCCAAUUCGGUACGCCCGCGAGCUACAUGCCCACGGCGACUGGUAGCAGCGAGGGCAGCUAUGGCUCCGGUGCUACCCACACCGUCGUUGUCGCCCCCACGCAAGGUGUCCUUCGCUACGUUCCCUUCAUGGUGAACGCCUCCGUCGGUGACACCAUCAAAUUCAUGUGGGGCGCCAACAACCACACCGUCACCAAGGGCACUUCCCUCGGUGUUUGCAACAAGAGCGAGAACGCCCUCUUCACGUCCGGCGAGCACAACAAGGACUUCGUCUUUACCCAGGUUGUCAAUGACACGAACCCUACCUUCUUCUACUGCGCGACGCCCGGACAUUGCGAGAAGGGCAUGUUCGGUAUCAUCAACCCCCCUAUGGCUAGCGCCGGUAGCAACAUGAGCGUCAGCUCCAUGAUGUCCUCGAUGGUAUCCAACAACUCGCAGAUGGCUGCCAUGUGGUCGUACACCAAGAACAUGACCGCCGGCUCUCCCGCUGCCGCUGCAUGGGGCUCCAACGCCGACAUGAGCAACAUGCCGUCGUGGGCGCAGCAGGCUAUGGUCGAGAACGUGAUGUAUACGCGUCUCGUCCUCGCUGCCAACCCCGAGACGAUCGACUCGAACGGCCAGGUCAACCUUGGCGCUGGUGGCGACGCUCCUCUGAUGCUGCCCCAGGACAUCACCGCCGUCAUGAACAACGCCGGCUCGUCCGCAGCUGCCUCUUCACCCUCAGCCACCGGCGCUGGCUCCUCGACGGCCGCGUCCUCAUCGCCGUCGCCGUCCCACACGAGCGGUGCUCGCUCGCUCGCAUCCUCGAGCGCAGCUGUCGCCCUCUCGGCCGGUCUCGCCGCCUUCUUCCUGCUGUAAAUAACGGGUGUGUAGCUUUCGUGGACAAUCUUGGACUCUGGACGUGGCACUGGACAUUUUUCUCUCGACCGCACUCUCGGACUCUGAUCAGAAUACCAACGCGUAGGAUAUCAGCUUGCAUAUAACUUUUCGUUGUUGUAUCUCGUUAGCCUUUCGUGCUGCUCUCUCUCGGACACUGUUCUUAUCGCGCUAAUUCGCUUUCCUCUCUUCGUGAUCCCGCCGUUUUACCCCUUUUUAGUACUUUACUUUCCUCUCGCAUGCGAGAAGGCCACAGCCUCCCACACUGCUGAAUAGUAGUCUGAAAGCAAUAAAGCUCUCUUGACUCCACCAAUUUCGUGUAUGUACCUG